AUGAGCAACGAUACUGAAGUGGAUAUGAAAGAUGUGGAGCUCAAUGAGGUGGAGCAGGAGAAGCAGCCCAUGACCGAGGGGGAACAGUGCAGCACUAUAUACAAGCAUUAUUUUUUUUUAAUUAAAUGUAUUUUUUGUUCACUUCUAGGUAUCUCUGUUGUUUUGGACCUGACCCCUAACUAUAAAGGCAAAGAUCCCUGGUUUACUGAUGCUGUCAGCACUGUGGUCAAACUUGAGUCUGCUCUGAUGCAUUGGCUAGGAGAAGGUGUAGAUGGAUUCCUCUUCUACGGUGUCGAGAAGGCUUCCACUGCAGCCCCAUCCCUUUGGGAGGAUGUUGAAGUCCUUAUCCACAACCAGACGGAAUCCGUGGAAAAAAAGAAAAGGGUCUUGAUUGGUGUUACGGAACAUACCUCUCCUGAUGAUGUCAUUGCUGUGUUGAACAAAACUGGUGUGGACCUGCUCCUCACUGAUGCUUUAAGAUCCACAUCUGCUCUGGACGUUGCCCAUACUGUUGAUCGCUUGUAUUCCACUUACGGUCAGACCAGACUGGCUUGGAACAUAGGUGGGCGUAUUGCUGGACACCUGGCUUCACUGGUGGGGUUCGCCAAAGUCAAGUUGAGUUACCUGCUGCUGCUCACUCUGCCAGGCACACCAGUGUUUAAUUAUGGGGAUGAGAUUGGACUGCAAGAUGAGGUGACCAAAAACCCGACCAUGGUAUGGGAAGACCCUCAAGAAAAUCUGACAGUGAGCAAGAUGGAUGAAAUGACCACUUUCCGUAAGUUCUUCAAAUCUGUGAGUGAAAAAAGGUCGAAAGAACGCUCUUUGCAGCACGGAGAAUACUUGCCUUUGUUCAACUCUACCUCCGCCAUGGCCUAUGUGCGAAGCUGGGACCAGAAUGAGCGCUACAUUAUUGCACUCAACUGGCACUCGGAAGAAACUGUCACUCUUCAGCUAAAGCAUGCUGAGAUUCCUGAACAUGCUACAGUAGUGUUCAGUACUAGUGAUGGUAAACAAGUUGAUGAAGUGCUUAACCUUGCACAACUAGAGGUGAAGCCAGAACAGGGUAUAAUGCUGAAGUUCCCUUACACUCCCUGAAGACAUUGUAAACUCUCAGUUAGUGCUAGGAUGCUGAUUUUACAAGUGUUUGUUUGGCCGUUCUGUUACACUAUUAAUCCUUUAGUACAAAAACACUGGCAUAUAUCAUCACAUUGUACUGUUACAUGCACUACAUGACUACUAAACUGAACUUAAGUUGGUAGUUUUAGUUUAUGCUGUUACUUGGACUACAUUCCAUUGAAGAAAAAUUUGUUUUUAUUUUUAACCUUAUGUUUUAGUUUUUAAUGUAGUGCAAUUCUAAACCCAAAAAGUGUUCAAAACUUCAAUGGCUGUUACUUAUAUGUAAGGGGGGAUGUUGACAAUAAAUUAAAUGGAGCAGUUCA